ACAGAGAUAUAAUACAGACUCAUCUCUCACUUUGUAUUAUUUUAAAGAACCAUUUUAAUUUUCCAUCUUCCUCAUCACCUUCCAAAGAAGAAGAAGAAGACAGGCUAAUAAUGAUAGGCAGUGUCGAGCUGAAUCUGAGGGAGACUGAGCUGUGUCUAGGUCUUCCCGGUGGAGAUACGGUGGCUUCCGUAACUGGAAACAAGAGAGGGUUCUCAGAGACGGUUGAUCUGAAGCUGAAUCUGAACAAUGAGCCUGAAAAUAAAGAAGGAUCUACGACUCAUGGCGUCGUGACUUUUGAUUCUAAGGACAAGAUCAGUUCUUGUCCCAAAGAUCCAGCCAAGCCUCCUGCCAAGGCACAAGUUGUGGGAUGGCCACCGGUGAGAUCAUACCGGAAGAACGUAAUGGUUUCGUGCCAAAAACCAAGCAGUGGCCCAGAGGCGGCAGCGUUCGUGAAGGUGUCAAUGGACGGAGCACCGUACUUGAGGAAAGUCGACUUGAGGAUGUAUAAAAGUUACGACGAGCUCUCUAAUGCUUUGUCCAACAUGUUCAGCUCUUUUACCAUGGGAAAAUAUGGAGGAGAAGAAGGGAUGAUAGACUUUAUGAAUGAGAGGAAAUUGAUGGACUUAGUGAAUAGUUGGGACUAUGUUCCCUCUUAUGAAGACAAAGACGGUGAUUGGAUGCUCGUCGGCGACGUUCCUUGGCCAAUGUUCGUUGAUACAUGCAAACGUUUACGUCUCAUGAAGGGAUCUGACGCAAUUGGUCUCGCUCCGAGGGCAAUGGAGAAGUGCAAGAGCAGAGCUUGAAGUCAAAAAGGUUAUGUGGUAAUGCUUAUAUAUUUGAGUUAUCACAUUUAUUGGUGUUAAUUGUUUUUUGUUUUUGUUUUUUUUUUCUUACGAUAAAAUACAUUGUUCAAUUUCUUUUGAUUGUCUGUGUUUUGAUCUGGAUUUUGUAUGUAGAUAUAGUUUGUAUGCUAUUAUGUGUAAUGAACUUAAGUUAAAUAUUUGAGACAUUUGUAAUGGAAAAUGUGUAAUAAUUUGAACAUCUUAUGUGUGUGGUUUUAAAA